CCCUAAUCUGCUUUCAUCAUCCCAGAGCAUCCGCUUGGACUCUUGCACGGCUGAUGAGGAUGAGGGCAGAUGAGGGCAUGAGGGUAUGAGGAAAACGAGCUUCGCGGAGCGGACGCACUUCAGCGACUCCCAGACAUCCGUCUCUGGGCGGCAGCUGUGGAGUGUGGAAGCACAGAUACACUCACCUCGCAGACACUUCGUGUGGUGAAAAUGGAGCACAGAACAAAAAUUAGUGACAAUCUGUACAUGGCAACAGCCAGGGCGCCGGUCAACAUAGCCGUCGUCAAAUACUGGGGAAAAACAAAUGAGGAGCUAAUUAUUCCUGCGAAUGAUUCUCUGAGCCUGACCCUCCACAUCGAUCACUUAUGCGCCAAGACGACGGUCGCCGUUGGAAGGGACUUCAAAGAGGACAGGAUAUGGUUGAAUGGAAAGGAAGAACGUGUCACGACAAGAAUACAAAACUGCUUGCUCGAAAUUCGCAAGAGAAGCCGGGAGUUUAUGCACAUGCACAAUACCGGGCUCCCUGAUUACAGUGACUGGCACCUUCACAUCUGUUCCGUGAACAACUUUCCGACAGCCGCUGGACUAGCAUCAUCUGCUGCCGGCUAUGCUUGCCUUGUGAAGUCACUUGGGACCCUGUUCCAUGUGAAAGGAGACCUUUCUGCCAUUGCAAGGCGUGGCUCUGGCAGUGCUUGCCGAAGCAUGUAUGGUGGCUUUGUCGCCUGGCUGAAGGGCCUGAGGCAGGAUGGAAAAGACUCCGUGGCCAAACAGAUAGCUCCCGAAAACCACUGGCCCGAGAUGCGAAUAGUCCUAUUGGUGGUGAGCGACGUGAAGAAAGACACCGGUAGCACACAAGGGAUGGAACUCUCCAUGCUGACAAGCAGCCUGUUGGAAUACAGAGCUACCAAAGUGGUACCACAGCGGAUGAAGGAUAUCACAGAAGCUAUUGUCAACAGGAACUUUCACAAGUUUGCGGAGAUCACAAUGCAGGAAAGCAAUCAGCUUCACGCAGUGUGCCUGGACACUUACCCUCCUAUCCGGUACAUGAAUCUCGUCUCAUGGGACAUUGUGCACCUUGUUCACCGCUACAACAGGUACUAUGGUACCAACAAACUGGCGUAUUCAUUUGAUGCUGGGCCCAACGCUUGCCUCUUCAUGCUGGAAGACUCACUCUCUGAAGUGCUGUCCAUAGUGCAACAUGCAUUUCCCUCGUCUCUCGGGAACUCGGACUUCUUUCGUGGUGCGCCUGCAGUGAGAAGCAAGCCCCCUAUGGAGCUCUUGGAGCAUUUAAACAUCACUCCUCAACCAGAUGCAGUCAAGUUUUCUAUUGUCACUAAUGUGGGCUGUGGACCAGUAUCUGUCGAUGAUCCCGAAGAACAUAUUUUGGACAUUCACGGGUUUCCCCGCUGAUUUGUACCCUUCCAACUGGAGCAUCCACAGGAUGCCUCUUGUUUUAUUGAGGAAGUCUUCUUCCAAGCCACAGUGGCAAGAGUAUACUUUGUAAGUUGGUUGGAAGGAAAACAAGUAUUUUUUUACUUGAUAUUUUAAUGAGGUUUGCUAAGUACUCCCAACUGCUUAGAAAUAAUUACUACCAUCAUUAGCAACACCGUGAGAGCAAAGCCAUGGCCUGUCCUGUAAGCUGCCAACCAGUGCCUCAAGAACUUUUUGGAAUACAAGGAUAGGCACAGUGCUCACCAGACUUAUACAGAACACGUAAAGUAUGUGUUAUGUCGAAAAAGCACUAGCUUGGUGGCAGCUGAAAAACAGCUCCGUUAAUUAGCGCCGAAUGGAACUCUGCCGAGCAGGGGAGGCCUCUCGCUCGAAAUUGCGGCUUUGCAACUGGGGUAGUGUAGAUCACUGGUAGGCAAGUUUGUUGCGUUGUCUCCUGUACCGCCGCUAUUUCACCAUUGAGCAAACCAUCUCCCCUGCUCGGGCAGGUCCAUCGAGCGCUACAUAGCGUGCCUUCGAGAUAAGGCAAAGUUUGCAUGUUCCGUAUAAGUUUGGCGAGCACUGUACAUUGCUUCUUCUUACGUACACCUCUGUUACGUGCAGUAUCAGAGUGCAACAUGUAAUAUGCUUCUAUUGUGGCUGGUGCCAUGUUGUAAUCUCGAGCCACUAACAGGAUUGACCGUGGAGUAUCGUGGGGUGUAACAAACCAGGGUGCGUAUGAAAUUAAAUGAGUUAUUUUUUGUC